AUGCAUUUCGGGCUGCUGAUGAUCGCUGGCCUGCCUCUUGCCGUUUCAAAUACUUCGGAAAUUGCUCAGCGAUCCGGCAGAAUCCGAGCGGCUCACGAGGAAAACCUCCGACGUCUGAUAGAGAAUGAUGGAGAAUAUCCCAGAUUCGCGUUACCGGACUCGACAGCAAACAGCAAAGGCGAGGAACUGAAAUGUAAAGACCUCUUUAUCUUCAUUUCCUACGCUGUACUUCAUGCAUUCAAACACAAGUUCCUAGAGAAGAGUACAACGACUUCAAGCAAUCCGCUCACAACAGCAAUCGUCAACCAGUCAAAGAGAGAAGCGGACGUGCGGAGCUACGGCGUCCCUACCGACAAACUCACGUCUGCCUCGUCAGCUCUUCCCUCUUGGCCUGAGGAUAAAGAGCAGAGCAGCGGCAGCUCCUCCUGGGUGGAGCAGUUUCCCUCAAGUUUUGCAGCGUCGGCGCUGCAGCAGCUGACACCUCUACAGCAGCAGCAGCAACAGCAGCUACUGCAGCAGCAACUACUGCAGCAGCAGCUACAGCAGCAGCUACUGCAGCAGCAGCUCGCAAGCAUACCCCAGUCACUGGAAGUUUCUGCUCCUGGCUCCGCCUACGCGCAGAGCACGCCUACCGCGCAGGAGCUGAACUUCAGGCAGUACCCCGCAACUGCUGCGUAUCCUCUGCUUCCGUACAUACAGCCGACUGUACCUGCUGCAGCAUUUGCCUCGCAAGCGUUACAGCUGCAGCCAACAGAGGAACUCUGUGCAGUUGCCGUUGUGCUGUGCGCUGAAUAUGUGCAGCAGCUGACCCCCUUUUGUAUUUUUUUUUUCACAACAACAUUUUCGGUUUACUAG